AUGAACAGCUCCGACACGGAGAAGAGCUCGUCACAAGCUCUGGCCUUCCAUCUCGACUUACACGUCAAGUAUCUGGUGAGUCUCAAGAACAAAAAGGAGGACUUUGAAUCGUGCAUGACGGAGCACAUGCGCGUCAGUGGUUUGUACUGGGGCGUGGGGGCCAUGGCGCUACUGCACAGGGAGGAAGAGAUGAAGCCAUCUGAAAUCGUCGACUGGGUGCUCCUAUGCGAGCAUCCGGACGGAGGUUUCUCGGGUAAUGUCGGCCACGACCGCCACCUUCUGUAUACACUGCACGCUCUACUGGUGCUGGCGAUGCUGGGAGCUCUAGAACGGAUCCAGAGGGACAAGUGCGCGGUGUUCGUGGCGUCGCUGCAGCAAAGUGACGGCUCUUUUGCUGGCGACGAGUGGCAGGAAAUUGACACCAAAUUCACGUACUGCGCGCUGUCGGCACUCAAGAUCUUGGACAAACUGGACCUUGUGAACGUCGAGACCGCUGUGGCCUACGUCGACAAGUGCCGCAACUUUGACGGCGGCUUUGGCAAUAUGCCAGGCUGUGAAUCACAUGGAGGACACAUUUUCACGGCAGUGGGUGCUCUGUCAAUGGGUUUUGCGCUGGAUCUAUACGUGGACGACGAACUGCUUGGCUGGUGGCUCUGUGAGCGACAAUGUGACUCGGGCGGACUGAAUGGACGACCAGAGAAGCAGGCUGACGUGUGCUACAGCUGGUGGAAUAUCGCGUCACUCAUAAUGAUCGGCAAACUGGACUGGAUUAGCAAGGAAAAGCUCAUUGAGUUCAUUUUGGCGUGCCAGGACCCCGAGGAUGGAGGAAUCGCGGACCGGCCAGGAAAUGUAGCCGACGUGUUCCACACGUUCUUCGGCAUCGCUGGAUUGUGCAUGCUCGGCUACUUUGACCGCGAGAAGGAAACGCAUCCAGAGUAUGAAGGUAUCCGCCAGAUCCACCCGACUUUUGCAAUUCCCACGAAUGUUGUCGAAAAGCUUCAGCUAACAGCGGAUAUGAUCAUGCCCGAGGUGCGCAGGGACUAA